AUGGAGCCGCAGGGGAGUUUCUACGGAACAUUCAGCCUCGAUGACCAGUCCAACACUACCGAAGUUGCCUAUAUUCCUGGAUGGGACGUUGCGUUUCCUCCAAGUAUUGUUGGGUGGGAGUUCGUGCCGCUAUCACUCGACGUUAAUGUCGAGGCCGAUGCAUGCGAACCUCUUCCGGCUGACACCCCUGACUUGUCCCAGGUCAUCCCUCUGAUUCGCCGAGGUGGAUGUGACUUCGACACCAAGCAGGCUAAUCUCGAGGCUUUUGGUGCAAAAUACAUUAUGUUUUACAAUAAUGAUCAAUGGAGAGACACUCCUUGGACGUGGGAGCAGGGAAACUCAAUUCUCGGAAUGGUCGAUAAGACAGCUGGUGAGGCGAUGAUUGCGACCAUCAAAGCAGGUGGCAACGUGACUGGUGACUUCUCCCUGGACCCUAGCAGUCACUACUUUGGCAUGUAUAACUCGGCAGGCGGUAAAGCCAACAUGUUCACGAGCUGGGGUGGAUUGAAUGACUUGACGCUGAAGCCGGAUGUUGCAGCUCCUGGCGGUGACAUUUUCAGUACUUACAUUAACGAUGAGUAUGCAAUUCUGAGCGGUACUUCUAUGGCUACUCCUUAUAUUGCAGGUGUUGCUGCACUCUAUAUUGGCCACUAUGGUGGCAGAUCCACUCAUGGUCCCGAAUUUGCCAAGAAGCUUGCAAUGAGGAUCAUGUCUAGUGGACGUUCUGUACCGUGGUGGGACGGUCUCGACGAGUUGAAGGACUUUGGCUACUGGGCUCCUCCAAUUCAAGUCGGCACAGGCUUGAUUGAUGCUACAAGAGUCCUAAACUAUGACACAUCGUUAUCCUUCGCCAAGUUCUCGUUGAACGAUACUCACCACUUUAGUCGCUUUCACGAAGUUGACGUGACCAAUAAUGGCAAUGAGACCAUCUCUUAUCGAUUCGAGCUUCAGGACGCCGCGGGUUUCACAUUUUGGAUGCCAUACGAUGCCAAUAUUCCUAAUACGCCAAGGUUCAAGAUGUACUGGUCCGAUGAGAUGAUCCCCGAGAAGAUUGUUCCGGUCGUCAGCUUUCCCAGCGGCACCUUCUCGGUGAAGCCAGGCCAAACCAAAACAGCGAAAUUCAGCUUCAAAUACCCUAACUAUCCUGCCGGCCUGGAGAAUAUCCCACUCUAUAGUGGCAAAAUUCUCGUCAUCAGCAGCAAGGGCGAAGAGCUAUCGAUUCCCUAUUUCGGGGUGGGUUCGGAUGUAAAAGAUCUCAUGGCGAAAGAAAACUUCCGUCACGAGGCAGGCUGGCCUCAGUGUACAUCUGGCCUCUUCUAUCCCCCGUUCACCAUUGACGAAAGGUCAAACUUCACAUUCAAUCUUACAGUCUACUCACAGGACUUUCCGCAUAUGCAGUCUCGCAUGAACUGGGCUGUUCGCGAACUGAGAUGGGACAUUUUCGAGGGUGACUGGGUCGAACGAGAUUGGAAAUACCCACCCGUAGUUGGACAAGCCGGCUACGUUGGUAGUGUUGCUUCGUGGGCGCUUGCCGAUCAAGGCUAUUAUUACUUUGACCCGGCGACUGACAAUGAGAACCUGACAAUUUCAUUCCCCUUACGCAAUCUGCCGCGCAGCUCACUCGAUAGCUACAAUCAACAGCAUUGGUGGAUGGGCAAGUUGGCCAAUGGAUCACAAAUAGGGGUCGGAGAAUAUGUUAUGCGAUAUGCUACGUUAGCACCUUUCGGAGUUCCCGAACACUCGGACAACUGGGACACUUUCACGCAUACAUUCUCAGUGCUGCCACUCAUUGAGACUGAAUGA